AUUUCGCGAGAGGUUAAAGAAAAAUGACCGAAAAUGCUUGGUUCGUCCUCGGAAGAGCUGCUAACGUUUCUUUUACAGUGAGGAUCUUCAACAUGCUGCUGGUGCGUCACGAGUGCAUAUACAUGGACGUCUCCAUUCUUCGCUGCGUUUGUUCUUUUAUCUCGUGCAAACGCCGUGAGCAAGAAGGUCACGAUGCGGACAGUAGGAGACAAGACAUACCAGAAUGUUGCGGAUUGAGGAAAAACUUACUGUUCUGAAUCAAAGAGCGACAACUUUCAACAAUAUUCCUGUGCAUAAGUCAAUUUUGACGACUUAGGUAUACAAAAUUAACUUGAUGCUUUUUUUACCAAGGAGACUAGACAAAUUUGAUCCUAGCCUCAAUUUUUAUUGUGACUUUUAUGGCUUUUUCCGUAUAUCCACUUAUACAAUUAUACAACGAAUAUGC